CCGAACACUACCGAGCUGUGCCGACCACGCUAGACUGGUCUCCGCACUAAGCAGCACUUAGUGUAUUUUCGUUCGUUCGCGCCGCAUACACAGACGCUGUUUCGCUGCUGUAUUCUCUCUAGUUUCGAGUGUCUCGAUCCAUUCGUAGCCUACUCGCUUCAGUUCUCUACUUGUGCGCGAUUUUACAGUUCGAAAUGUUGCUGUGCGGAGCGACCAUGCUCUACCACGGACCCAACUAACAAUGUGGUUUGAAACUCAGAAUUGUGACAUGAUGGGUUUGCAGACUACCACCACAGCGGUAGCGGCAGGCAAGCGCAAGUUCGACUCAACCACGCCCGCCCCUUUGCCAGAUCCGGACGCACCCCCUGCUAAGAGCGGCAAGUGGGACACACUCACCGCCCCACAGCAGCCGCCUGCGGUCACCCCCUCCUCUGCCACCGACGAUUGCAUAGCGCGGCUGAGGGCAGUAGCGGUACCCGCGGCCGAUACGUGGCGGGCUCCCGCCCCCUCCCUAGCUGCCACCCUGCUUAGCGAAGACGAGUUUGAGGAUGACGAGUUUGAAGAUGAAUUGAGCGACGAAGAGAAGUGCGCUGGGAUGGUCCCGCCUUUCGACCCACCGAGAUUCGCAACCCCCGUUCCUCAGAUUUCCUAUGGAAGAUACCAAUCCGCCGACUACUGGCAAUACUACCAACCACCCCAACAACAAACAAUUCGCUGUGAGGAAAAUGGCAAGUCGUAUUUGGAAUUGGGCGCCGCUCCUCAAGCCAAGACGCGCGUUCGUUGCUGCGACGGUCGCACCAGGUGGUGUCAUGUCCCUUGUUACCGGCAGCGACGACUCGCUGUACUCAACCUCUCCAUGUGCAAACUAGCAAGGUACCGUCAAUGUUCCGACCCCUCUCUGCGUCGUUCUGUGCUCAUCUGCAAUACCCUCAGGCGACUGGAACGAGAAAUGGAAGCCGAUCCUCCUGAACCUAGUUACCCUCUUCUCCCUGAAAUGACCCCACCUACCAGGCCUUGUCCUGUGCCCGAAGCGGGGUACGAGCAGAGUCUACGGGAGGUGGCGUGCUCCUCGGGACGUGCGACACCUUUUCCAUCCUCCGCUCCUGAUACGGAUUCAGGAAUAGGGGACGAAGACACCAGGCCCAUCAAUUGGGGCUCCGUCCUAAGCCUCUCAUCACAAACCGACCUGGAAUCUCUCAACAACAACGAGCUCUACGCGGAGCUAGGUUUAAGCGAUAACGAUGAAGAGUGGAAGGAACCUAGAACGGAACCUACCGCUGAAUGGGACGGUCUUAUGCACGUCCUGGUAGGCGGUACGUAGCAAUAAUUGAUAACUGGACGAGAGCAAGAAGAAUUGUGUUUUAACUCAGGUUGUGAUUUGUAGAUUAGUUCUUAGAGACAAUGCGAGGGCGAGACUCGUGGUGGUAAUUAUCAAAGUGGGUACUUAUUCGGUGACACGCAAGGCGUCUCUGAUCUCCGUCGCUCAAUUUACUUACAAAGCGCAGCAUAGAGGGCACAACGAUACCCAGAAACUAGCUUCGCCUCUUCGAAUCUCUUGCCAGAUUAA